AUGACACCUCCAAACCUCAAGCACCACCUCUCCACCCUCUCCCCAGCUCCAAUCCCCUCCCCAGACCCCAUCCUCCAAGUCCGCACAGGCAAGAUUGGAACUCUCGGACCGCAAAAGCUACCCUCAGCCAUCUACAAGCAAAUGCAAAAAGUGCCCAUCUACGUCACGGAACAAGGCCUCACCGGCGACCAACACUACUAUCCCGCACACAAGGAAUCGCACCGCGCCGUCCAUCAAUACGCCUCGAAGAACUAUCUCACUUGGCAGAAGGAGAAACCCGACCUGGCGCAUUUGUUCCAGAAUGGAGGGUUUGGCGAGAACCUUGUGGCGACGGAUUUGAUCGAGGAGAGUGUGUGUAUCGGCGACAUUUGGUGCGUUGGGGAUAGGGAGACGGGUCUAUUGAUGGAAGUCAGCGAACCUCGGAAUCCCUGCUACAAACUCAACGCACGCUUCCAAUGGUCUCGCGCGCUGCCCCGAAUCCAGAAAACUGGGCGGGUGGGUUGGAAUUUCCGGGUCUUGAGGCCCGGAUAUGUGUCGACGGGAGAUGAGAUGUGGCUGGUCGAACGGCCGAAUCCUUGCUGGUCGAUUAUGAAUGUCGUGAGGGUGCUGCAUGGCAAGUCGGUUGAGCCGGCGUUGUAUGAGGAGUGCACUGAGCUCAGAGCGCUUUCGCCGUACUUCCACGAUCUUGCGCUGAAGAGGCUCGCGGCUGCGACGAGGACGUACACACUUGUGGAGGCGGCGUAUGUGACGUCGAGGGUCAGGCAGCUGACGUUUGAGGUGAAGAAUGGUGACAGGAUCAAGAAGCCGGAGUUUCGACCUUAUGCGUAUGCACAGAUCUCGUUUGGACCGGAAAAGAACUUCUCGAGGUGUUACUCGAUCGUGGACGGCAACCUUGAAAAGUUCACUCUGGGUGUUGCGCUUGACGGACAGUCCAGAGGUGGCUCGAGAUAUCUCCACGAGAAGUUGCAGAUUGGAGAUGAAAUAAAGAUGGGCCCUGGUCUGGACCCCGAGGCGACGGAGCAUGAAGACCGAUGUAUGAGUGACCAGAACAUCGAGAACCGAAUCGUCCUCAUCGGCGGCAUCGGCGUGACAGCAUUUUUGCCCGCAAUUCGCAACUGGGAGAACCAAGGCGUGAGAUACGAGAUCCACUUCGCCGUCCGCAGCAUGGACGAGGCAGCGUACAAAGACGUCCUGCCUCAAGCCAAGACAACCUUCUACGCCAAAUGGAGCGGCGACAGACUCAACCUCGCCGCCAUCAUCCCAAGACCGGCCGCAGAUGGUAAACACACCACCAGAAUCUUCUGCUGCGGCCCCUCGAAAAUGAUGGCCGAAUGCCAGGCCCUCACGACCAAAUUCGCCUACCCGCCUCACCUCCUCCACUUCGAAAGCUUCGGCACUGUUCCAACCGCGGGCUCCAUCCUCGGCGACCCCUUCGAGGUCGAAGUCCACGACACCGAAUCCGAGCGGAAAGUCCUACUGGAUGUCCCAGCGGACAGGUCGCUUUUGAGGGUUUUGAAUGAUGCGGGGUUUGACGUUAUGUCGAGCUGCCAGUCGGGCGGGUGUGGGAUGUGUAAGGUUGCGGUUUGUGGGGGUGAGGCGGUCUAUAAUAGUUCGGUGAAUGCGCAUGAGCGGCCGGAUGUGAUGAUGACUUGUGUGGAUCGGGCGAAAGGGGGUAGGGUGGCGAUUGAGAUUGAUUGA